AUGCAGGCUCCAGAAAACGCCCAGCGAAGUGAGGAGAGAGAAGAGGGCGACAUAAGUACACCAGGGGGUCCUGGAGGGCCUGACCCUACUGGUGGUGGUGAAGGGGCACUAGUGGAUGGCGCUGUAGCUAGGGAGCUCCCCGAAGACCAGGGUGUGGGGCAGGGGCCUAUGCCCAGAGGAGAAGCAUCUGCUCCCUCUGGAGACUCCACAGGAGAACCACAGGAGUUCCGCCUCUCAGUGCCUUUCCGUAGCGCCAUGGAUGCAGAAUUUGUUUGCCUACACCUUUCCUUGGUAGCUGACCCUCCUACAAGGGGAGUUCACAGAGAGAUCACAGUGAGUGGCAAAGACCUGAAAAUCCUGAUAACUUCAGAAGACGCCCACCUUCUCGAGAAUUCUAUCAACUACAUUUUGGAUCUGCUUUCGCCCAUGCUUCCCUUAAUGGAUAGCAUUGAGCAAUAAUUUCUGAACAAGCCUCAGCUGCAAAACAGGAUUCAGUUUUCCUCAUCUAUCAUCCAGCCCUAAGCAGUGACAGCCUAGUACAGUGAUUCCUCAGGUGCCCUGCCAAUUAGUUGGGGAAAUCCCUGUUUUUUCUCUAGACCACCAU